AUGGUGGAGGUUGAUGUGCAUGACGAUCUUGCAGAGGCUGUUCAUAUUGAUAUACAUGAUACUGAAUGCGACGUCUUCAUUGAGUAUGAUUGGAAACCUCAGUUAUGUAGGAAGUGUAAUGGUUUCAACCAUUCAGAGUCCAAUUGCACUACACAAAUCCCUAAGAAGAAACCUAUCACUGAAUGUAUUGUCAAGCAAAAGGGAAAAUUGGUGAAAUCAACAUCUAUGAUGCAUAUUCCCUUGGAGGAGAAGACAACGGCGAAUUCAGAGGGAAAUACUGGAAAGGAUGUGGAUUCUAUUCUAGUAAGAGUGAAUGCUCCUUUAACUGAGGGGACUCCUAUAGAGUCUAUUGCAAAUACUGAGAGGGCUUUGAUCCCUUAUCGAGUUGAGAAUGGUCUGGGUAAUAAAAGCGAAGAUGUUGAGAAUACUGUUGGUGAUGUUAUAGUAGUGGCUACCCCUUUAGUCACUCUACCUGUGUCUCCUAUUCCUUUGGGAAUGCCUGGUUUCAUAUCUGAUUCCCCUGUGGCCUCUACUGGAGAUAAAAUUGUUCCAGUUGAAAGAUCUCCUACUCCUACCUUAACUAAAAGUCAAAGGAAAAGUGAUAUUCCUUUCUCUAAUGGCAUUUACACUUGGUGUAAAAAUAGGCAAAUUACCAAACGAAUUCAUUCUAAACUGGAUAGAGGCUUGAUGAAUGAAGCUUGGUCUAAUUCUUUCCCUACAUCAAGAAUUGAUCUCACCUCUUCUCUUCCUUCGGAUCAUUGGGGUUUAUGUGUCAGGAUUCCUAUCAAUGUAGCUGCUGGUCCUAAACCUUUUCAGUUUUUAAGGGUGUGGCAUUCGCAACCUGUUUUGAAACAAGUGAUUAAAGAGGCUUGGUCAACAAGGGUUAAUGGUGAUCCUAUUGUUAAGGUUGUCCAAAAGCUAAGGGUAGUUAAAAAAGCUGUCAGAGUUUGGAAUACAACCAAAUUUGGUUCAGUAUAUGAGCAUCUUAUCUCAGCUAAAACUAAACUGGAGGAAUGUCAAGUUGCAUUAUCCAAUGAUCCAAUGUAUGCAGAGAGAAUCCAUAGUGAAGAAGAGGCUAGGAGGAAUUAUGAACAUGCUUUGUCUAAUGAAGAGAUCUUGGAUGAUAAUGGUAUUAAAAAUCUAUUGUUACAACAUUACACUUCUUUGUUCUCUUCUAGAGGGCACGUUAAUUCUCCUGAUGCUACCUUCAUUAGAAGAACUCUUCUUGGGGAAGUUGCUGAUAGCUUGGAAGCUAAUAUUUCUAGGGAUGAAAUAAAAGCGUCAAUUCACAGUAUGGGAUUGGAUACAGCCCUGGGGCCUGAUGGUUUUACUGUGAGGUUUUUUAGGGAGUAUUGGGGCAUUAUUGGUGAAGAUAUUAAUUCUACUGUGUUGCAUUUUUUUCAAUGUUCAGUUAUGGAUAAAGGGCUUAAUAGCACCUUCAUUACUCUUAUUCCUAAGAUGAAGGUAGCAAACAAGAUUGGAGAUUUUAGGCCUAUUGCUCUUUGCAAUGUCAUCUAUAAAAUCAUUACCAAAUUGUUGGAUAAUAGAUUGAGUGUUGUUCUUGAUCAAAUUGUGGGUAAGGAUCAAAAUGCUUUUGUCAGUGGUAGGAAAAUUCAGGAUAAUCUCAUCAUUGCUUCUGAAUUAUUGAGAGGCUUUGGAGCUAAGCAUGCUCCUCCUACUUUAGCUUGGAAGGUGGAUCUUCGAAAGGCUUAUGACUCAGUUCAAUGGGAGUUUCCGUUUAGUCUUUUACAGCUCUAUGGCUUCAGAAAUAAAUGGAUUGGUUGGGUUAAAGCAGCAGUGACAACUGUUCAAUUUUCUAUCAUGGUGAAUGGAAGUCCACAUGGUUUCUUUCAACCUUCAAGAGGCCUUAGACAAGGUUGUCCACUUUCCCCUUUGCUCUUCACUUUGGUCAUUGAAUAUUUGUCUUCCAUGUUUGAAUUUGAGUGUCUAAAGGAGCACUUAGUUGCUUCUCCUACUGCUAUCAAGGCAGGGGUCUUCCCUUUUACUUCUUUAGGCCUUCCUAUUUCUGACAGAGGAAUUAGGAGGUUGGAUUGUAAACCUUUAAUCGAUAAGGUUGUUGCUGCAACUAUAAGAUGGGCUAGUAUGAACCUUUCAAUGGCAGGUCGCAUUGAGUUAUUAAGGGCUGUGGUUACUCCUAUGCUUUUAUAUUGGUCAUUAGUUUAUAGUAUUCAUGCUGCUGUCAUUAACUUAAUUGAAAGAAGAAUGAGAAAUUUUGCUUGGGGACAUAAUGAGAUUAACUUAAAGCUGCAUAGCAUAUGUUGGAAAAAGUCACUUCUCCAAAAACAGAAGGAGAAGAGCAUUGUAUCAGUCAGAGAUACUCUUAAGGUGCAAUGUUCUUAUCGCAUUGGCAAUGGUGCGAAGAUUAAAAAUUUUAUGGAUCCAUGGUGUGGGGGCCAAUUUUUAUCAGAGGUUUUCAGUUAUAGAACCUUCAGACAGGUAUCCUCUAAUAAGCUGAUUGACUUGAAAAGUUUCAUCGUUCAAAAUCAAUGGCAGUUCGAUGAUGUUCCAUUUGUUGUUCAACAAUUUUUCCAACAAUUCAGGAUUCAUGGUGGUGAGGACCAGUUAUUGUGGAACAAUAAAUCUUUUAAAUUCAAAGCUGCUUGGGACUCUUGUAGGGAUUCAAAACCUGAAGCUUCUUGGUUUGGUUUGGUUUGGAAUGGGGGUAGACCUCGAUGGUCUGUGUAUAGUGCUUUGAUUAUUCAAAAUGCUGUCCUAAUAUGUGCUAAUUUGCAGCAUAGAGGAAUCUCUUUAGCUUCUAGAUGUGGCUUGUGUGGCUGCAAUGAAGAACAUGUUGAUCACAUGUUUGUGAAAUAUCCGUUAUCGGAACAUCCUUACGAUUCAUCAGAGGACACGCUGUCCCAAAAACCAGGGUCGUCACAUGGCUGGAACAAAGUGCAUAAGAUGUUGUUUACAACUGCUAUGUAUUAUUUAUGGAAUGAACGGAAUGGUAGACUUCAUUCUGAUGUUAUUAGGUCUCCUUUAUUCCUAGUCAAAUACAUUAUUUGGGAUGCUCUUGAUAUUGCUGGAAUUAGUCUUCAAGAAUUUUUAAGUUUAUAG